CUUCAAGCCUCCUUCCUGUAAAUGAUAGGACCAAACUAGGCGGUGUGAUGAACAUGCCACUGCAUCAAAUCUCUGUCAUUCCAGCUCAGGAUGUUACCUCUUCCAGAGUCUCCAGGAGCAAGACCAAAGAAAAAGAGGAACAGAAUGAGAAGGCUUUGGGGCAUUCCGUGAGUCGCUCUAGUAACAUCUCAAAGGCUGGAAGUCCAACCUCUAUCUCUGCCCCACAUAGCUUCUCUCGGACUUCUGUUACACCAUCCAACCAGGACAUCUGCAGUUCCAGUGCAGUGUUUUCUGAGUGUUGUCAUCACAGUCCAGUGCAGUCUGCUGUUGUCUUGAAAAAUCCUCACUGCCAGAGCCCUCUGACACAAGGGGUCACUGUGACAGUAAUCUGUCAGGACACGUUACAUGCAGCAAAGAGAAACUCCCAUGGGCAGGAUCGGGGCCAGGCACUCAGGUCUGCUAAGAAUGUAAAGCCUACGCGCAGUCUGAAAUUCUCCAAGUCCCUCAAUGACGUGGACCAGAAGGCGCAGAGCACCAGUGAGUGCUUUGACUAUGUGGAGCGAACACGCUCAGAAGGCAAAUUGACCCCAACUCAAGAGCAGUGUUUAAGGAUUAACAAAUUUCAUCUUAAAGAGAGGAAACCGCUGAAUCUCAGGCCUCUUUCUUUUAGCAAUUCUAAGCACUCCUACAUCCCCUCCCUUUCCAACUACUCGAGUGCAUCGGGAGGAGCAGAGAACCACAGCACUGUACAUAUCCCCUUGCUGGAGGACAAAGUGGACCAUGACACCUCAAGGAGCAAAAAACUGUUGCGUUACCUUUUUUCCUUCUCCCACACCUCCAGCACCAGCAGCCUGCAUAAGUUCCACGAGCUGGAGAGCUAUUCCAGUCACUUCCAAGCUGAGAAAUCCUCCAGCGUGCUGGUGGAAAGCACGGACUUCUGCUCUGAUGAUAUGGGAGACGAUGACGUCUUUGAGGACAGCACCUCAGUGAAAUGGAAAACAAAAGAGCAGCGGGCACCGCUGUGUUCAGUUGAGAAGGACAGUGACCUUGACUGCCCUUCCCCCCUCUCAGAAAAAUUCCCCCCUCUCUCCCCUGUGUCCACAUCGGGGGAUACCUGCAGGAUAUGUCACUGUGAAGGAGAUGAUGAGAGCCCUUUGAUUACCCCCUGUCACUGCACGGGAAGUCUUCAUUUUGUGCACCAAGCCUGCCUGCAGCAAUGGAUCAAGAGCUCAGAUACGCGAUGCUGUGAACUGUGCAAGUAUGAGUUCAUCAUGGAGACAAAACUGAAGCCUUUGCGAAAGUGGGAGAAGCUGCAGAUGACGGCCAGCGAGAGGAGGAAGAUCAUGUGCUCUGUAACAUUCCAUAUCAUUGCCAUCACCUGCGUUGUGUGGUCUCUCUAUGUCCUGAUAGACAGGACCGCUGAAGAGAUUAAACAGGGACAGACUACUGGGAUUCUAGAGUGGCCAUUUUGGACUAAGCUGGUGGUUGUGGCUAUUGGUUUCACUGGAGGACUUCUGUUCAUGUAUGUACAAUGCAAAGUGUACGUACAGCUGUGGAAGAGACUUAAAGCUUAUAACCGAGUAAUAUAUGUACAAAACUGUCCAGAAACUAGCAAAAAGAAUAUUUUUGAAAAACCUGCACUAAUGGAGCCAAACUUUGAAAGUAAAGAAAUGCUUGGGGUGCACCAUUCAGACACAAACUCUUCACAUUACACAGAGCCAGAAGACUGUGCUGCAGAAAUCCUUCACGUCUGAUUGCUGGGUGGGAGGGGUGUUUCUGUAUGUCCUUGAAGAUUUAAAAUAUCAUUGUUUACUGCAAACUGCUCUACCUUUUUAAAAUCAGCUAACAGCUGAGGGCUGGCGGAUGAAUUUUUUUACAUUUGUUUUAUGUUGGAAUUUUUUUAAAUCCCUUUGGCAUAUCUGUCAAUGUCGUCAUGGUUGCAUACCUCUGAACAUUUUGUCUCUCAUACAGGCUGAUCAAACAGCCACAGGAUACUGGGUAGAAUGAGCCUUGGGUUUGGUAUCAAGCAAGUCGCUAGAGAACUGUCAUCAACUUCAUGGAGUCUGUUACUUUAGAAGAUGACUCUAAAUGAUUCUGGAAUAUGUGUGGAGUGGGGUUUGUUUGUUUGUUCUUUAAGCAUGAUGAAGGAGGUUGCCCCAGACAUUGAGGGAAAUGAGAGAGCUAGAGUCUAAUCUACCACUAACACUGCCACUAACAUUUUGUCAUAGGCAGCAGGUGUAAAAUUUUGCUUUACGUAUUGUGAUGAGACUUAAAAAGCAUAUAGCACUUUUAAAAAUCUUUAUUUUGUAAUAUGUAUGUCAAAUGAGAAUGAAACUUGAAAGAAUGUGUCAUUUUUGAGACAUUUCUUCAUUCUUUACCCCAUAAACGUAAACCUCUUGCCUUAUAAAAAAAAAAAUUAAAAAAAAUUCCAACCUGUGAUUUCCAACACAUGCCCACAUUAUCUUACUAAACAUAACACUAAAAAACUCUGCCUCUUUGGGUUUCCUUUGAGGAGCAAUUUUUUGCAAAGGAUAUUGCACUUGUGAAUUGUGUAUGGGGAGUAGUGGAUGUGUACAG